AUCCAAUCAACCUUUCACACGGCCUCGUACAGAUCUAGACGGACAUCGAGCACCAGAAAAAAAUACAUUUGUUUUAAGACACCAGGGGUACCAUGGUUCGAACAUUGAACAAUAUGGCGGAGCUUAGAGCUUCUAGGUUUGGUUGUCCCUCGCCCAGGCAUGGACUCAAGCUCCUUUUCUGGUUCGCCAAUGAUUACAUCUUCUUCGACAAUGACAACCAGAUGGUUGCAAAUUACAACCCCAACAAGGGAGGCUUUGGUUUCCGUCACUUCUAUAACAGACUGGAGUGUGACAACAACGUCUGCAAGAAGCUGCUUCCUGAUGAUGGCUACCCAUUCUAUGAGGUGGGCAACCUCCACCUCACAGCAUCUUAUUCCAUGCCUAAUUAUGUCAGGAAGGACUACAACGUUCACAUAGAUAACAGCAAUAUGGACCGCCUCAUCAUCAGCAUGCGUCCAGACAGGACAGUGGAUAAGGUCUAUGUGACCCAGCACGAGGACCUGAGGAGCUUCGACCCGGUCAACACCUAUCGCCUCAGCAGGGGGUUGCUCAUGAUCAUCUGCAGCCAUUCAUCCGCGGACAUGUCAUUGGAGGACUUCCUGGAACAGGCGGGCUAUUCCACCCACGCCCAAAUCCCAUUCACAAGCCCCGCCUCAAGCCCUGCCCCAAGCCCCACCCCCAGGGAGUCCAGGAUCAAUAUGGAAGCUGGAUCCAGAGCUCUGCCCAGAGCUGAACCAGGCUUCUGGGAAAGCUACUGUACCAUACUGUAGAUCAGUGUUCUUUAAUCCUGGUCCUGGGGACCCUAAGGGGUGCACUUUUUAGUAGUUUGCCCUUUGCAGUUCAUUUUGGUAUGUUCAUUUUCACUAAUACAUUUAGGUCAUUUAGCAGACACUCUUAUCCAGAG